AGCCAACCAAACGCGUCGUCCUGGAGAUCAUGUGUGGCAUUCAUGCAGUGAUAUCCAACGUUGCGCCAGCUCCACUCUCGCCAGCCAUCAAAGAGGCUCUGUGCAAUCGCGGCCCAGAUUAUUUUGGUCAACAUGCGACGCGUAUUCCCAACGGUGAUGACUCCGGCGCCACAUUCCUGAGGUUCACCUCGACCGUCCUCUCGCUCCGCGGGGACCGAGUCGCCGCGCAGCCCUUUAUACAUCCACAGACCGGAUCGGUCCUAUGCUGGAAUGGCGAGGCAUGGAAGAUCGGUGGGUGUGCCAUUCAAGGGAAUGACGGACAGGCCAUCUUCGGUUUGCUCUCCGAGGCGAGUGCCUCAGUGACGGGCGAGGAAGCCAUCAUCGAUGUGCUGCGAUCUAUCCAAGGGCCGUUUGCCUUUGUUUACCUCGAUAAAGUUGCCGGAAAGGUUUACUACGGCAGAGACCGUCUCGGUCGCCGGUCGCUGCUCGCAUCCGGAAGCGAUGAUGGCGGUUCCCUGGUCCUUUCCAGUAUCGCUGACACCUGUGACGCGAGCUGGAAUGAAGUUGAGGCCGACGGCGUAUAUGUUCUCAAUCUUGUCAAAAAUUGCCCAGAUACUGGUGCCCUUUCACAUUUAUCCUUGUCCCCUUCUCGGUAUGAGUGGAUGGUGAAAGGCGGCGAAGAUUUAGUCUUGAGCAUUGGCAAGUUCAACAUGAGCCUCCCGACCGAUAGCACGCUACUCCUAGCAUCAUCGAAUCCUGUCAAGAUGCUGAGGGAACAGCUAAUCAACGCACUUCGCCUUCGUAUUCUCAACAUUCCACUCCCACCAUCCGCUUCAACGUCGACUUCCUCUCCCCCUGACACACGGAUAGCAAUCCUAUUCUCGGGUGGGUUAGAUUGCACGGUGCUUGCCAGGCUCUGCCACGACCUUUUGCCGGAGGGCCAAGCCGUGGACCUUCUCAACGUUGCGUUUGAGAACCCGCGUGUCGCCGGCCAACUGCGGAAACAAGCCAACGGUGCUGAAGCAGACGUGUAUGAAUCAUGCCCGGAUAGAGCCACCGGGCGUAAGGCUUUUGCCGAACUCCGAGAAGUCUGUCCGGGGCGAAAGUUCCGCUUCAUCACAAUCAAUGUGCCGUAUACGGAGACGUCUUCCCACCGUGCACAGGUGAUCUCUUUGAUGCAUCCGCACAACACCGAGAUGGACCUCUCCAUUGCAUACGCCCUGCACUUCGCAGCGCGCGGCCAAGGUUUGUGCUACGAGCAGUCCGAUCCGGCCUCGCCAUCAGUACUCUACUGCGCGCCUGCUAGGGUUCUGCUGUCGGGGCUGGGUGCCGAUGAGCUCUUUGGCGGAUACGUACGACAUGCCACUGCAUUCUCACGCCAGGGCUACAGAGGUCUCGUUGACGAGUUGAAGCUCGAUGUCAGCCGCCUGGGGAAGCGGAACCUUGGGCGGGAUGACCGAGUCAUGGCGCAUUGGGGCAAGGAGGUGAGGUUUCCAUACCUGGACGAAGAAGUGGUCAAGUGGGCCGUCGAGCGGCCGGCAUGGGAGAAGUGCGACUUUGACAACCCGGAGGAAGUGUCGGGAGUUGAGCCUGGAAAGCGCGUCUUGCGGUUACUGGCUCAGGAGCUAGGGUUGAAACAGGUCGCCGUGGAAAAGAAGAGAGCGAUCCAGUUCGGGUCCAGGACAGCAAAGAUGGAGAGUGGCCGAGUCAAAGGGACCGCACUUGUAUCAUGAAGCUAUUUCGAUGCAGUUGACCGUUCCGACGAUGGCAUGGGGAACUCACGGGGCUGCUGCGACACAAAUCUGGCUAUGAUGACACAACAGAUACUUCUGAAUCGCGGGUUUCGACAGGCUACGGCCUGAUGCUGGCGACUGUGUAGUUUUUGCACUUGUGCAGAAACCCUUUGCCUCAUCGCUGGCCUGUCUGGCUCGUCCCAAAGCGACAUUGAUGGACAAAAGACAAGUCUGAGCCAGGCGAACAGGGAACAGGGUAAAUGGGUUGCGCAGAAGAUCAACCAGCAGUCCCUAUUUUUAGACUUGAGAUAGAGUGUGCCGGCAGUCGUAGGCAGGGGUGGUCAUAGCGCACCAAGUCGAACAGCCGCGAAGCCAAGUGGCGGGAUUGGGCGGACAACGGGACCGGCAGACGAUCCGGGCCCUAGUGGUUUUAGAGACGUCUUAGCCCUGUCAGAUAUAGCAGCCGGCAUAAUUAAGCA